AUGGCUCAGAAAAUCAGAAAUAUUAACAAAAGCCUGGAUGAAAUUUCGGGUGAAAUGGCAAAAUUUCACUUUCAAAUGUCUACUUCGGAUGGUAACACUUGUAAUUAUAAUAACAUGCAAGAAAACAGGCUGAUUAAUUCAUCCGUUGUAGAUAUAUCAAGUGUCCUAGGAAGAGAUAAUGAUAAAUCAAACAUAAUAAAGAUGUUAACUACACCGAGCACACGAUCCUCCUCAUCCCUCUUAAAUCCUAGCCAGCAAGAAAAAUGUCCUGUCAUAUCCAUAGUGGGUAUGGGUGGACUAGGAAAAAGUACACUUGCUCAGUUGGUCUAUAAAGAUGAAUCCAUUAUGAGAAACUUCGAGACCAGAGCUUGGGUCUGUGUAUCUGAUGAUUUUGGUAUCAAAAGAAUCUUAACACACAUAAUUGAGUCAGUAACAAAUAGCAAGUGUGAUAAUUUUUCAAAUGUCACUGUCUUGAUUGGAAUACUUCAAAAAGAGUUGAGAAACAAGAAAUAUUUAUUAGUACUGGAUGAUGUUUGGAGGUUUCUUCAUCCACCUCAUGGUGGGAAUCAAAUGUCACCGGAAGAUGUUGGCAAUGAUUAUUUCCAUUGUUUAUUGGCCAAUUCAUUUUUGCAAGAUGUCAGAAAGAAUAAGUUAGGGGGUAUAAAAGCAUGCAAGAUGCAUGACUUAGUACAUGAUCUUGCCCAGAGUGUCAAUGGUGUUCAUGAUAUCAAGACUGUCAAUUCCAGCAAAAGGGGAUCUAUAUAUGAAAGUCGUCGUUUGCAGUUACUUUUAGACGAACAAAAUUCAGAAACGCUUUCAAAAAUCUUAGAGAAAACAAAAAGAUUGAGGUCCAUUUUUUCCCUUGGUAAUGAUAAUUUGGGUGAACAUUUACUUUAUGGCAAGAAUCUGCGAGUAGUUUGUUUGCUUCGUCGGCAUACUUCUCUUGCCAUCCAAUCUAUGGUAAUCAAGCUUAAGCAUUUGAGGUACCUUGACCUCUCUGAUUGUAUUUUUGAAGAAGGGCAUGAUAUAUCCAUCCAUCAACUUUACAACUUGCAGACACUGGUGCUUCAUGGAUGUGAAAAUGUUAGGAAGAUCCUCGUAGGCAUUGGGUCUCUGAAGAUGUUUAAGCACCUUAAUCUCUCGUGUUCGGAUAUUGUAGAGCUACCUGAUGGUGUCGUUCAGCUUACUAAUUUGCAGACAUUAGAUUUAUAUCGUUGCAGAAGUUUAGUAGAAUUACCUCUGAAUAUUGGGUCUUUGAAAUAUCUAAGAGAGUUGAAACUUGGAGAUUGUAGCAAGUUAGAAGCAUUUCCUAGAGAAGUUGGAGCACUGACACGGCUAAGAUGCCUGGAUUUGUCGCAUACAAAGAUCAAAGUAUUGCCCUGA